UACUUUGUGAAAUGGUCACCCACAUGACCAUUGAAUACGCGCUGGGUCCCAUAUAAAAUUAGUUGCCACUAUCCAUUGUCAUUAUUAUCUAACUGUCAAUACCUAUCCAAAUUUUGUCACAAUAUUCUAGGGUUUCUUAAAAGUCUAUUAGCUAUAUUACUAACAAAUGGCGACUCAUGCUCAUAUGAGUCAUGAGGUUGUUCCUGAUGCUUUGCCAUAUGUUGACCAAGGUUAUGAUGAACCUGGAAUUAGAGAAAUGGUAAAUGAGUUAAUUGAAGAAGAAACUAAAAGAUAUAAACCAACUAAAAAUUAUUUAGAGUUUAUGCCAGCACCAAAUUAUGGAGCUUUUGAGACAAAAAUCAUAAAACAUGAGUUUGAAAGAAUUAGUAAUCGUCUGCCAAUGGAACUUCUCAGCAUGAAGAGGUAUGAGCUUCCUCCCCCUACUGCCAGUCAAAAGAAUGAUUUAUCUGCUUGGGUUGAAGCUUUAAAAAACUCAAUGGCUCAAUUAGAACACCAAGGAGAAAGAGUAGCAAAUUUGGAUUUACUAUCUCAGUAUGGAACAGAUGCUUGGAGAGGGCAUUGUGAACUAUUACAACAAAUGUUUGAGGCACAGCAAAGAAAGCAUGCUGACAUAAAAAGAAGAAUACAAGAAAUAAAUUGGAACCGUAAAAGUGAACAGAAAAAAGCUGGUGCUGAGUUACAAAGGCUUGAAGAAAGGUGUGUUUCUACUUUAUGUUUGGAUUGGUUUGGUAAGCAAGAAUUACGAAAUCGAACGAGCAAUUGUCGAAACUGAAGCUGAAGUGGAGUUGUUAAGGCAAGAAGUGGCUUAAAUGUGCAUCCUUACGCGAUAAUCUUGUUGUAACUAACGUAAAAACGCUGAAGUCUUGAGGGAAAAUUGGAAGCAGUUUUGACAACAUGUUUCUGUCGAUUAACAAAAACGAUUACAUAUAUUUAUCAUACUGAUAAGAAUUAUAUGAUUUUAACACGAGUUAAAGUCAACGUUUUCUCUAUAAAGAUAUAUAUAACAGUAGGGAAAUAUAUUUGAUUUUUUUUUA